GGACCGACAACGGUUCUGUGGAUUACCAGAAAUGGGCCUCCAAUAACACUUUCUCGCUCGGCGAUUUCCUAAUUUUCAAAACCGACACCAACCACUCAAUAAUCCAAACGUACAACGAAACCACAUAUGAACAAUGCGACGGUGAAGAUGAUGAUACCGCAAUCCAGUGGUCAUUCACAGACCCUUCCACAGCCACUUCAGCACCCCAACUGACUCCCGUGCCUGUGCCACUUACAAAGGUCGGGAUGACGUACUUUUUCUCCGAUGACUAUGACGGAGAACAGUGCAAGAACGGUCUAAAAAUGAAAUUGAAUGUUACAUAUGGUCAAGGCUUACCGCCUAGCCUGAGAUCCCCCGAUAAAACGCCGGCUCCAACGAGCCCCCCAUCUGGCGAUGAUGAUUCGGAUUCAGUGCCGGAGACAUUGGUGCCAACUAAUUUCAAUCACCCCCAUAAUGUAAGCGAAGAUAUUGAGAGUCCGCCUAGUUCGGUUUCUUCACCAACUUUUUCUAAAGUCUUUGGGACAUGGUCAACUGGGAUCCUAUUUGUCUUGGUCCUAGCUUGUACGAUUUGAUCACCAUAUUCUUCAUUUUUUUCCUUUUCCUUCUAAAAUCACUAUGUAUACUUCUAUAGUCUAUACUUCAAGCACACUAUGUAUUCUUUUGUUAGAUGACUAUAUCCGAGGCCUUGUACCUUGAGUUUUCAUGUUUGAUCCAAAUGAAUAAAAACUUCAAUUUCAGCCCCAAAGGAAGAAUGUAUGAAGAUGGGAAAAUACAUUAUCAC